AACCACGAUCUCAAAGUUUCAAUGUAGCUGAACUCGUGUUGAAAUUUUGCUACUUUUCUCUUGAAGGAAAGCACAAGAUGACUGCAGCGGCGGAAACGGCUGCUGGCCAGCCAACCGAGUCGACGCCCCUUCUCCGCGAUGAUCGCUCACCUAUCCACCACAACUGCAGCGAAGAGAGCGUCGCCACCGGCAAAGACAAUGAGGAAAUUGUAAUCGAGGAGGUUUCUUUGAGAACGGAGGCGUCCAUCCUGGUCAGGUACUCAGGACCGCUGGUGAUCACGUACUUCUUGCAAUAUGCCUACCAAGUCAUCAUCAUUGUGGUUGCGGCGCAGCUAUCUACCGAGGAAAUCGCUGGAGUUUCGUUGGGCAUAACAACGGCGAACAUUACUGGAUUCGCUGUCUUUGAAGGCAUGGCAACUGCACUCGACACGCUUUGCUCACAAGCUUAUGGCUCUUCAAGUCUCGCUGAUGUCGGGUUAUAUACGAUUCGCGCAACCAUACUUGUGCAUCUGGCUGCAGUGAUACCCAUAGGUACUCUCUGGCUCUUUUCCGGUCCGCUCAUUGCAGCAAUAGUACCUUCUCAGUCCUUGGCUUUGCAUGCGAGCAGCUUCUUGAGGUACACACUGAUUGGAGUACCCGGCUUCGUGACAUUCGAGAAUGGAAAGCGAUUCAUGCAAGCCCAAGGCGAUUUCACCGCCGGAAUGAUUAUCCUCAUCCUCUGCUUGCCGAUCAAUAUCGGACUGACCUACCUUCUGGUUUAUGUCGCCGAUAUGCGAGUAGCUGGUGCAGCACUUUCGGCGUCCUUGACGAACUUUGUACGACCAAUCCUUCUCGCGGCCUAUGCAAAAUUUACCAAGCCAUCGACUCUGAAAUGCUGGCCGUCAACCUCCGAGAUCAGCUCCGAGUGGCGCAAAGAAUGGGGUCUCAUUAUGCGGCUCGCAAUCCCAGGAACUCUGAUGACGCUGAGCGAAUGGAUGUGCUUUGAGAUAUUAACCUUCGCCACGGCAUUUGUGAGCGACGAGGCGCUUGCUGGACAAACCUUUAUUGGAACUAUCGCAACCUUGGUCUGGCAUGUUCCAUUUUCAGCAUCUGUGGCAUGCUCAACGAGAGUCGGACAGCUGGUCGGCGCCGGAAUGACAAGCUCCACACGCAAGGUGAUGAAAUGGUACGCAGUUGUAUUCCUGAUUGCUGGACUGUUCGAUGCGCUGCUCGGCACGGGAUUUAUCUUUCUUACUCUGCGGUACCUGGUCCACGACGUUAAGGUGGCGCAGAUAAUCAAGGCAGCCAUCCCAUAUGCGGCUGUAUUCAUGAUCUGGGAUGCGACAGUUAACUGGCCGCAUAGCAUCGGACGAGGAUUCGGAUGGCAGGAUAUCGGAGCUUGGUGCACAAUGACCAUAAAUUACCUGUAUGCCGUGCCUGUUGCAAUUUUCCUCGAGCUGGGCCCGCCAAAGAUGGGUAUCUCCGGCCUUUGGAUCGGAUUGGGUUCUGCACUAUUCUUGACCACCGUCAUUGAAGCGUUCGCCAUAUGGAAAAGACUUGCCAAGACGACGGAUGGCCGUGUUCUCCGAUCAACAUCUGAUGAUGAAUCACAGUGAUCUGAGCCUGCUUGUCCUCAAUACAAAUCCUCGCGCAACGCUUGCUUUGCGAGGCAUCAAUAGCUUUUGCGGCAGAAAGCUUCACCUUCUACCAUCGGAAGCGUACUACCGACUUUGUUACCAUUGGUGACAAGUUUAGUCGCCAAAUAGCAGACUAUUUCAUACGGACACUACAAACGAUACUUCAAGAUCUCAGCAAGAGCAGAAGCAAAUCCAACUGGAAGAUAUGG